AGGGGCUGUGCAGUGAGAAGGUGGCGCGCACGUCGUUGGAAAGCUGCCUUAGCGUUGGAAGCCGGUGGAUUUUUGUGAAUUGGAAAAUGUAAAUGAGACUUCAACCCCAUUCGUUCAUAUAGGAACUCCCUGCGGCCUUGAUAGCCUACGAUAGGUGACGUUUUGGCCAAUGGGCCUUCUUCACAGCGCAGUGGGAGGCUGCCAGAGAGGUCGGGUUCAACUAAUCUGCCGCUUGUUUUCCGGUUGCGUGCUCGGCUUCGCGCAGACAAGAGACGGAGGAUUUGCGUUUCGUCGCCGGCAGUAAGCAGUGCAAUGCCUUGUGCGAGCUGCUUCCCGAGUCCUUAGGCAGGCCCCUCCGUGCACUCUGGGGCACCCUCGGUGUGCUCUGCUAAGAGUUUAUUUUCUACAUUAAAUGCGGGAAUCUCCCGUGGGGAGGGAGAAGAUGACCGCUCGCUAAUGGAUCGCGUGGGGGUGCCCACCACCACCAACUGGGAGAGGCGUCGCUCACGGCCGGCAGGGAUGCGGACGCCACGGUGCUUGCUCACGCCGGCAUCGGCUUGGCUGGCGCUGCUGUGCUACUGCGUCCUGGUUUGCCGGGGCGCCGAUACCGCGAUCACCGUGAGCACCCCCACCGCCCUCAACCACCUGCUGGUGGACAACGAGACGGGGCGCGUGUACGUGGGCGCCGUCAACUUCGUGUACCAGUUCGACGCGUUCCUGACGAAACAGAGCGAGCUCGGCACGGGCCCCGUCAAUGACAGCAAGGAGUGCCUGCCGCCCCUGGAGCACUGCAAGGAUACGCAGCUCACCAACAACUCCAACAUGCUGCUGGUGCUCGACCGCUCGGGCGGCUCGCUGGUGGUGUGCGGCAGCGUCCACCACGGCACGUGCGCCAAGCUGGCGCCGGACGAUGUGUCGCAGAAGACCUUCUGGGUGGAGUCGCCCACCUACAGCCAGACGGUGGUGUCGAGCAACGCGAGCGUGCGGGUCGUGGGCUUCGUGGCGCCGGGCGUCGGCGGCGAGGACAUGCUGUUCGUGGGCAGCGGCAUGGCGCCCUACAAGCUGUGGCCCAUGUGCACGCGGCACCUGCACCAGCUGCCGGCGGGCGACGCGUUCACGGUGGCGGACCGGGCGCACAUCGUGGGCGAGCACUCGACGUACCACUUCACGUUCGCGGCGGCGUUCGCGCACGCCGGUCACGCCUACUUCGUGUUCGCGCGCCACGAGUCGACGCUCUCCACCAGCCCCUUCACCAGCUACGUGGCGCGCGUCUGCCUCGGCGACGACACCUACCAGUCGUACGUGGAGGCGCCGCUGUCGUGCCGCGACGGCGCCUCCGCGUACCCGCUGGCGCAGGACGCGUACCUGGCGGAGGGCGUUGGCUCGGAGCUGGCGCGGAGCCUGGCCGGUGGCGGCGGGGACGGCGACGGGGACGGCACGGGACCGGUGCUGUUCGUGGCGUUCGCGGCCACGCAGGGCCACGGCGGCCUCCCGCUCAACGAGUCGGCGCUCUGCCUCUUCCCGCUCGGCCGGAUCGCCGCGGUCAUGAAGCGGGCGCGCGUCAGCUGCUACCAGGGCAGCGACAAGGACUCGCACGUGCAGUACAUCUCGCUGCCGUGUCGCAAGGAGGGCGAGGAUUCGGAAGCGCGUUACCCGUGCGGAUCGGAGCACCUGGCCACCCCCAUCACCAGCAAGGUGCCCACCGACGGCACCUUCCUGGGCCGUAACAACGACGCCUGCAUCACCGCCGUUGCCGUGACGACCGAGGAGGAGCGCACCUACGCGUUCCUUGGGACCAACAAGGGCCAGCUGAGCCGGGCGUUCAUUGCGGACAAGGACGGUUUCAAGGACAGCAUCCCGCUGCUCUCCGUGCCGGGCGCCAUCAAGCAGGACAUGGAGCUGAGCAACGACAGCAAGUACAUCUACGUCAUGGCCGAGAACAACGUGAGCCGCGUGCCGGUGAGCAGCUGCCGGCAGCACGCAGACUGUGUGUCCUGCGUGGCCGCACGCGACCCCUACUGCGGGUGGUGUGUGCUGGAGGGGAGGUGCUCCCGGCGUUCCGAGUGCCGCUCCUCCGACGAGCCCAACCGUUGGCGCUGGAGCUAUGACAAGGAGUGCCUCAGGGUGGAGGAGGUGGCGCCCGCCAACAUCAGCUGGGUUGUUCAACAGGAGAUCACGCUGCAGGUGGACGGGCUGCCAGCGUUGGGAGACGGGGAGACCUACACCUGCUCGUUCCUCUAUCACAACGUUCCGGCCACGCUGUCCGGCUCCAGCCUCACGUGCCACACGCCGGAGAUCGGCGCCCUCACCUGGAACGGCACAGACCACAUGGUGGUGCCGCUGGUCCUACGGUUCGAGGGAGUGGAGGUCGCCGCCUCCAGCUUCACUUACUUCAACUGCAACGCCGUCGCCCAGACGCGACGCAAUGCACCGUGCGCCGCGUGCGUGGGCAGCCCAUGGAGCUGCCACUGGUGCGUGCACCGUCACGAGUGCACCCACGAGCCCAGCUGUGAGGAGGGCCCCAUCAUCCACAAUGCCCAGUUCUCCCAGCCACUUGUACCCCCCUCCUCCCCCCUCCUGCCAGUAGAGCCCCCCACGCCCUCCACUGUAGCCGGUGUCCCUAGCCUGCCCCCUGCCGGCGUCCCCACGGCCCCUCCCCGCACGCCCCCGGAGGCGCCCCCCACCCCGGUGCGUGCGGCGGUCGUCGCUCUCGCGACACCGCCGCCUGCCGCUGCUCCUCCCGCCGCCGCCCCAACUAACGGGCCCUCUAACCCGACAACCUCUGACCCUGCUCUCCCCGUAGCUUUGCUCACGCUCGGCCCUGCUCGCCCCCCCCCUCGGCAUGCCACCCCCGCGCCCCCCGCUGAAACCCCCCGCCCCGCCCAGCAUGCGCCAACGCUCGCUAACCCCAGUGCCGCCCCUUUUCCCGACAUUAACCUCUAUCCUGACAUUAACGCCGACCCUAACGCCGACCCUAACGCCGACCCUAACGCCGACCCUAACGCCGACCCUCACGCCGCUCCGACCCACACCGCCGCUCGCUCGGCCGGCGGUGACCUCGGAGAGCCUCUCCUCACCUUUGACACCAGCCCGUUGACCCUUGGUGGGGGUCACGAGUCGGGGUCAGGGGGCGAGGGUGAGAAGUCUUCGCCGCUGCCCGGCUCCUCCGCCGCCGCUUCCGCAAACCCCACCGCUUCGCCCGCACGCUUCUCCUCCUCCUCACUGAUGCUGCUCUCUGGUGACGGUGAUGGUGACGACGACAACGAUGAUGGCGGUGACGACGACGACGGUGGUGAUGAUGAUGCUGCUACACCGGGAGCUCCCACUGCCGCUUUAGUUGCUCUGCUGCAGCUGUCUGCCUCUGGCUCUCGCCCGCACUCUCUGCACCCGCGGUCUGCGCUGGCCGGGCACCCCCUCUCCCCACAGCUCCUCCCCCACACGGCGGCGGGGGGGGGCCACCACACGCACCACGAGCUGGCCGUACCCAUGAAGGGCCCCGGCAGCUGCCCGUGCCUGGAGAGCUUCUCCAGCGCCAGCCUCGUGCCCGCGCGCUUCUCCACCGCCCUCGCCUUCGUCGCCCGCAACCUCAACCUGCUGGAGACGCAGGUGCCGGCGUUCGAGUGCCUGGUGACGGUGGACGGGAAGUCGCACGCUGUGGGGGCGCAGGCGAGCGACGUCACCAGCUCCGAAACGGUCAUCACCUGCGACGUGGCCCAGUACGACUACGACGAGGCUGCCAUGGAGGUCCCUGCAGACGUGACCGUGCGGUGGACGUCGCAGUUCAACAUCGACAACCACAACGACCUCCAGGUGACGCUGUACAAGUGCGGGGAGGGCCGGCGCGACUGCAGCCAGUGCCUGGCCGCCAACGCCAGCUACGGCUGCCAGUGGUGCGGCGUCAAGCCGACGUGCGUCUACAACAAGACCUGCGCCGCGCCGCUCUCCACCUGCCCGGCGCCCAACAUCGUGCGGGUGGAGCCGACGACGGGGGCGCUGCAGGGCGGCACGCGGCUCACCGUGUGGGGUCACGACAUGGGCCAGCGGGUGGACGACGUGGAGGCGGUGACGGUGGCUGGCGCGCCGUGCCCCCUCGUCGUGGAGCUCUACGAGAUUUCGAUACGCGUGGUGUGCGAGCUGUCGAGCGUGAGCGCCGUCACGCAGGGCCCCGUGGUGCUCAAGCUGCGAGGCUUCGACUCGGCCGCGACGGCGCCGCAGCUCUUCACCUACCAGGACCCCCAUCCUCAAGAGUUCCUCCCAGUGAAGGGGCCCCGCGCGGGUGGCACGAUGCUGCGGGUGCUCGGGGACGACCUGUUCUCGGGCAGCGCCGCUGACAUCUCCGUCACGGUCGGCAACACCAACUGCAGGAACGUGGAGGUGACGGAGAGCGAGGUGAGGUGCCGUACGAGCAGCAACCCGGAGCCCGGAGAGGCCGAGGUGGUGCUGCACUAUGGGCCGCUGGCGCAGCGCAGGCUCUCGGGCCUCUACACCUACACCCCGGACCCCGAGGUUCACAACGUGGAGCCCAAGGAGAGUUUCAUCAGCGGAGGGCGCACCAUCCUGGUCACCGGCACCAACCUGGACUCGGUGGAGCAGCCGCUGGUGCGGGUGGAGGUGGUCGCCGCGGCGUCCUCGUGGUCCGCGCCGGUCUCCUCCGACCCCGGCGACGAUGCGGCUCGCCGCAGGAGGAGCCGCGGGUGGGCGCGUAGAUCCCGGGCCGUGGCUGCAUCCCCGACUCUGUGCCGACCCGGAACCGCGCAGCGUCACCGCAAGCCCCAGGGCACCGCCGUCCUGGCGGAGGACUGCUGCGAGGUGCUGAACGAGACGAGCAUGAGCUGCUACUCGCCCAGCGUGUCGGACGUCGUUCCGCCCGGUGCCUCCACGCGCCUCCUCUUUAUCAUGGACGACCUGCAACUGGACUACGGCCAAUUCCGCUACGUGAGUGACCCCAAGAUGCUGCCGCUCAACCACGAGGACCCGAGCAAGCCCUACAAGUUCAAGCCGGGCAGCCUCAUUGUGGCCAAGGGUGAGAACCUGAAGCAGGCGAUCAGCCAGGUGGAGGUGCGCGCGACACUCGGGGACCAGGAGUGCGAGAUCCGCACGCUCACCGACAACGACCUCUACUGCAACCCGUCAGCCAGCGCCCCCGACCCCAAACGGACCGUCAACUUCACGGUGCACAUGGGUUACCUGGAGUACAACCUGGGCCCCGUGGAGUACGACAUGGAGGUGACGAACAACUUCCCGCACGAGGCGCAGAUCGGGGUUGGUGUGGCGGCCGCCGUCCUCACCCUGCUGGUGGUCGCCGUCAUAUUCAUCUACAGGAGAAAGAGCAAGAAGGCGCUGCGGGACUACAAGAAGGUGCAGAUACAGCUGGAGAGCCUGGAGACCAACGUGCGCGACCAGUGCAAGAAGCAGUUCACAGACCUGAUGACGGAGAUGAACGACGUGUCGAGCGACCUCCUCGGCAUGGGCAUCCCCUUCCGCGACUACAAGCUCUACACGGAGCGCAUCUUCUUCCCCGGCAGCAGCUCCCCGCUGUCGCGCUCCCUCGACGUGUCGGAGGCGCGGCGGCAGACCGUGGAGCAGGGCCUCAGCCAGCUGUCGAACCUGCUCAACAGCAAGCCCUUCCUCACCAAGUUCAUCCACACGCUGGAGCGACAGCCGACCUUCUCGGCACGCGACCGCGGCUGCGUGGCGUCGCUGCUCACGGUGGCGCUGCACGGCAACCUGGAGUACUAUACCGACAUCCUCAAGACCCUGCUCAACGACCUCAUGGAGCAGUACGUGGCCAAGAACCCCAAGCUCAUGCUGCGACGGACUGAGACGGUGGUGGAAAAGAUGCUCACCAACUGGAUGUCCAUCUGCCUUUACAAAUUCCUGAAGGAGACGGCGGGGGAGUCGCUCUUCACGCUGUUCAAGGCCAUCAAGCACCAGGUGGAGAAGGGCCCCGUGGACGUAGUGCUGGGCAAGGCUAAGUACUCGCUCAACGACAACCGUCUGCUCGGGGAGGACGUUGAGUACCAACAACUGAUGCUGAACGUGACGGUGCAGGGCAGCAUUGAGGAGCAGCCCACGCCCGUGCGCCUGCUGGACUGCGACAGCGUACAUCAGGCCAAGGAGAAGAUCCUGGAGCAGGUCUACAAGAACUUGCCCUUCUCGCAGCGCCCCCCCAUCUGCGACGUCGAACUUGAGUGGCGCAACGGCUAUGCGGGGCACCUGGUCCUCUCGGACGAGGACGUCACGUCCGUCUCGCACGGCCGCUGGAAGAGAGUCAACACGCUGCAGCACUACAAGGUCCCCGACGGAGCGACGGUGGCACUCGUACAGAGGUUCAAAAGCAGCCACGUUCAGGACCAGCACCGCGACCACUGUGUCGGCGAGCGAACCCCGAUGCUGGAGGACGGUGAAGAGGGCGGCUUCCAGCGCUGGCACCUCGUCAAGUCCACGGACGACGUGGAGGUGCACCGCAGCAAGCGCAGCAGCAUGCGCGAGCGCGACCGCACCAAGGUCAUCCCCGAGAUCUACCUCACGCGCCUGCUCUCCAUGAAGGGCAUCCUGCAGAAGUUCGUCGACGACUUCUUCCGGGUGGUGCUGAGCACGAGCCGUCCGGUGCCGCCUGCCGUCAAGUACUUCUUCGACUUCCUGGACGAGGCGGCUGAGCGGCACGGCAUCGAGGACCCGGAGACCAUCCACAUCUGGAAGACUAACAGCCUGCCGCUCAGGUUCUGGGUAAACAUUCUGAAGAACCCGAACUUCGUGUUCGACGUGCAGGUGAGCGACAUUGUGGACGCGUCGCUCUCCGUGAUCGCGCAGACCUUCAUGGACUCGUGCACCACCCAGGAGCAGAAGCUGGGCCGGGACUCCCCCAUCAACAAGCUGCUCUACGCAAGGGAAAUCUCCGGCUACAAGAAAAUGGUGGAAAAGUAUUACGCAGACAUCCGCCAGAUGGUACCGGUCCGGGAUGAGGACAUGAGAACGGAACUCUCCGAGGAGUCACGGAACAACUCAAACGAACUCAACUCGAUGGUGGCGCUUCACGAGCUCUACACAUACGUCAACAAGUACUACGACCAGGUGAUCACCGCGCUGGAGGACGACCCGCACACCCAGAAGAUGCAGCUGGCGUACCGGCUGCAGCAGGUGGCGGCGGCGGUAGAGAACAAGGUCACCGACCUGUGACGGGGCGACGACCGCGUGUCGUCCGGCCCGUGCCCCUUGGCGCUGCCUGAGCGGAGGGGGUAGGGGGGGCCCUACCCCUGCGCGGUGGACACGUUGGUGGAAGGUUCUGCCCGUGGGAGCGCCGGGCAAGAUCGCCAAAGCCGCGAAGGCCGCUUGGGUAGCGUGCGCGUGCCGCAACAAUUUUCUCGUUUGAAAUCGGAUGCCUCGAGUGAAAUCGUUUUUCGUCAAUUCGGCAAGCCGCUCAAGAGAUGGAUGAGGUGCAGCUGCCUUCUCUCCUCGGCGCCAUUCUUUGUCGACCUCCGCCCCCCCACCCGCCCACCCGGACCCACCGAUGAAGUGCUUCCCACUCGUGCCGCCUCCUCGUCCCCCGUGGCGCGGCGCAACACGGUGGUCUCUUCGCAGCGGCGCCCGCGAUCACGAGAUGACUCGGCGCGCUCGUCGACCCUUUUAACCUCCCCACCCAGCUGCACAAGGCCGCCGUGCGAGCGACCAAAUACAUUUUAAUAAAAAAAAACCCAUCACGAAGAGGUUGCAGGAGCCGGGCCUGCUGCGAUUGGCUGGGUGGUUGGUGGCGGCGGCGCACGCCAGGAGCUGCGGCGAGGGACUAUGCGCGUACGUGCGUCGCGCUGCCACGACGACGAUAGCGAUGACCACGACACCUUGCUCGGAGCUUCCGCCAUUCUCCCCCCCCCCCCCCCCCGGCCUUGAUGUUUUAACGGAAGAACGAGCGAGUUUUUAAAACGGUUGUUUUUGUAAACUGCUGCAAAGAAAAUAGGAAAUGUUGUUGUGGUUUUGGGAGAUGGUUGGCUCCGGGGGAGAUCGCCUUACUUGCAACCUCUGUCGGAAAGUAGUCAACAAGGGCUCCACCUCUCAAAACCGUUUAAAGACGUAGAGACUUUUUUUUGUAAGUGGGGCUUUUCUCGCUCCUCGCCCGCCGGUUUGAGUGUUCUUUAAUCACCACUAACUGAAGCCCCGCGUUGCUGAAGAAAAGCGUCGUCUACUGUAGAAGGAAGAGAGAACUUGCAAACCCGAGAGAAGGAGUCUUCAGGUCGAUUGUGGGCGCACCAGGGUAAGGCACCGCCACCCCCUAACCUCGUAGUCUGCGCGCGGAAAAAAAAAUCACUUUAAUCAAAACCGGGCGGCUGUAUUCACAAACUAAGUUCUUUUCUCGUUUGGCAAUAAUAAUGAUAAUAAUCCAUGAUUUUAACAUUAUUUAUUUUAAAGCUGUACGUGUUUUAAAUCAUCUACUGUAGAGAAGGGGGGAGUACCGUUAUGACGCGGCCUAAGUGGAUGCGCGCAUGUUGUGCUGUAUGUAUAUAAUGAUCCUUUGUAUGCACACUGGGAUAAAAAAAGCCUGUUUUGCUGUAAGUUGUAACCCGGUCAAAGCUUAGCCAUUCCUCCCCAUACGUGUGACCCCUGACGCCGUGGCGUGGAUCAGGGUCAGCUGGGCUUGGACUGUGUUGCCGUUGGAGGGGUCAGCGGUGCCAAAGCGCACUCAGCGGCGUGGUCCUGUGGCAAUUCACGAGCAUCGUGGUCGUGCUCCAGUUCUCGUUUUGAAAUAUUCCUGGCUCAUGUACGUGAAGCUGAAAAUAUGACCCCUUUACACGGCCGUUAAAAAUAAAGUACGCGAAACCCACCUUCCUAUUAUGUGACAAUAAUACAUCCCACCGCGCCCUCGUUUUACGUAUUGAUUGAGGUCAUAUUCCAAUCCCCCCCCCCCCCCCCCAUUUGCGUUUGUCUGACGGAAACCGGUUGAGCCUGUUCACGCGACUGUGCCUCCCGGACCAGAACGGCACGAAGGCCGGCCCUGGGCCUCGCGGUUCGCACCUUGGCCGCAGCGGCGUUUGUGCUCGCGCCGCGUGAUGAUCGUAUCCGGGGUUGCCCCGCGGCGUUUUGUUCGCGUCUCAUUUGUUGCCGUCGAGGACAGAAACCCGUUAACAAUCCCUCGCAGGCCAUGGCGAUGUCACUGCUCAUCGGGGGCACAUUUAUGCGGGUCAACGGCCCCGAGGCAGAACCCAAAGGCCUGAGGAUAUUAUGCGGGGUUCGGAGUCAGGUUUCCACUUGUGAAAUAUUAAAAAAUGGGGCAUAUCUUGGGUAGAACAAUAUCUCAAAAUGCUACAGAAGCGGGAGAACCGAUUGUAAAUUAAUUGUCUUGUGUGGCAUAUUACUGCGCAAAUGACACCACAGAGACUUUAAAUGUCUCCAGGAUGACUUACGGUUUUCCCAGGAUGACUACCUCAACAGUAUGGUCCUGGGAAGACCAGGGCAAGUGGCAACCUGAAGCUUAAGGAAUAAUUUAAACGUGUGAUGGACUUUAGGAUCGGUAGGAUUCCAUAGAAAUCACUUGUGGGAGUCGAUCGAUACCAUCCAGAAUUUGUCUGCCGAAUCCUCAGGAAUAUCGGGAACGUGGCCAGCCAGGUGGGACACUAAGCUGGCGGCAAACUCUCCGCAGUCGACCGAUCGCAAGGCCCUCGUUUGUAACCGUGCACAUUUCCAAGCGGUGGCUGUGGGUUUUUUGUUGUUGCAAAUUGACACACGACGAUGUUAUAUUUUUGGGAGAAACGUGCGACGCUCGCUGCGGCCGUUCCCGCGCCGCCUUGAGAGUGGAACAACGUGAUCACGUCCCCUGCCGUGGACCCGGCGUGGCCAAGAGGCCUCGUCUCGGUGUGGGACCGGCACGACCCGUUGACCACGUUGACCUUCGCUUGAUCGUUUUCCCAAAAACCGAUUUGUACCUUUUUAUUUUGUUAAUUUUAAGUCUACAUUUUACAGCGCGCAGGAUGGUGGUUGUUGUUGUUUUGAGAGAGAAUGAAUGCCUUAAAACUAGA